UCCCAAACUUCCGAUCCCCAAUCCCGGAAAACCCUAGCCCCCAAAUCGACUGAGCUGAGUGCAGCCUCCUCCUGAGCCCCGACCAUGACUCCGACCCAUCCCCAGCCACCGGCGGCCCGCAACAAUGGUGUGAUCCGAGGCGCGCCACAUCGCUCUUGGUUCCUGCUGCUUGCAUGGAGCGGGCACCGGAGCAUCGGCCGCAAAAGCUCUCCGUCGCCGCCGGCGUCGGCGGUGGAGGCGGCGAGGACCGCCUCAGCGCACUGCCGGACGACGUCCUCGUCCACAUCCUCCUCAAGCUCUGCGACACUGCCCUCGCCGCUCGGACCAGCGUCCUCGCCCGCCGCUGGCGCCGCGUCUGGGCUCUCCUCCCGGAGCUCCAUUUUCCCGUCGGCACUGGCCCCGACCGGAUACGCGCCGCUCUCACCGCCCACGAUGCGCCGGCCUUCCGGCACCUCUUCGUCGCCGCCAUCGAGGUCACCCCGGAAUCCGCUGCGUCAUGGCUCCCCAUCGCCGCGCGCCGCCUCUCUGGUGUCCUGCAUUUCAAGAACAGGGGGGACAUGAACGAGGCCUCCGCCGGGGAGAGAGGUGCCUUGCAGUUGCCUUGCUUCGAGAAAGCAACCAAGGUCGUGCUCGAUCUACGUUCUAUUGGCCUCACCCUGCCGCCUUCCGGCGAAUUUACCCGGCUCACCGAUCUGGAGCUGGUUCACAUACAGCUGCACGGUCCGUGUAGCCUCAGCGACGUUGUCUCUUCACCGCGGUGUCCAUCUCUGCUUCGCCUUUCCGUUCGCAGUGUCAGGUCCGGACAAGCUCACAAUCCAGUCGCAAUCUCUCCUACAGUUGAAACUGAGCGGUCUGCGUACCUUGCAGCAGCUCAAUAUUGUUGCCUUGUCUCUGCAAAAACUAAAAGUAAAACUUUGCUUCACCGAUGCUCCGAAUCAAAGUCAACCAGUUGCUCACAUCUCAGCCCCUCAGCUGGUGGCACUAGAUUGGACGAGUGCUUAUGAUCCUAGCUCCGUUCUGUUUGGCGAGAUGCCACAUCUCCAACAACUCAUCACCCGUCCUCUUAUUGUAUAUGGAGGAGAUAUGUUUUCUGCACGCAAUCGUCACAGCUUGAUGCUUCCACACCAUUUUCACCACAUCAGCAAACUUAUUCUCAUCCUUCUCUAUCUACCGGUAUGUGAUUGUGAGUCAAUCGGGCCAAACUCUGACUGAGAGUUAAACGUCAGGAAUACUAUGUCAUUUGGAAUACGUACUUGUGAAACCAUACAAAAAUUGAAAAUUCACAACUAUGCAUGCACACAGGUGAAUUGUUUAAGUAUUGUGUGUUGCUAGUCACUUUGUAGAAAUAUGAGAUUUUUGUGUCCUUAAUUGUCCAACUAUUGACCUGCUGUAUGACUUCCUAUAUAUGAACCUACAGGUCUGUGGGGACAAACGAUUCUUGAUGGAGGAGAUGACAAAGUUACCUAACAUCACCACCUUGGGACUGGUCGUAUUGGCCUGUGGACAUUCGUUUGGAGCCGGCUCAUUCCAUGUUCUCAGGAUGUCUAGUGGUAUAAGAGAGCUGACGCCUCAACUUGUCACUCGGAGCGACUGUAAGGCAUUUGCUGUGUGCCAAUCAGGUUGCAUUUGUGCUGAGCCAUCAAACUGGGAAACCGAGGACCUCGUGCUACCUUGCCUCAAAGAAUUAGCAAUCAAUGACCUGAGAGGAACUGAACAUGAACUCGCUCUUGUGAAAAGGUUAUUCAAGUGGGCAGCAAUGCUAGAAAGGGUGGCAGUAAUUUUCGAGGACUCGAUCGCUGAAAGCAACUGUGAAGAGUUGCGCCGGUUGCUACUAAGCUUCUCUAGGCCAGCAAUAUGUAUGAAAUUCUCGCAUGGAGGAUGUUUGCCAUUUGACUAGGGCACCAGCUUUGCCGAUUUGCUAUGGUUGUCAGUUCAGUGGGCCUACUUUUGUGAGACUGAACUUUGGUACAGCUUGUUUAGGUCCCGCAACUUGUUUCCAGUUUUUCUGAGACUGAACUCCUGUAACAUGUUUAAUUGGAACCUUGUUUCCAGUCUCA